UUUGUAGGUACUAUUUGUUCACAAAUACAGUGGCUACAUGGAGGUUGAAGCUACAAUCACCAUCUCUCUUAGUUAUUUCCUUUCAACAGCAACCAUGAUCUACGCCCAACACCUAUCCCUCGGGUUUCCGGAGCUGCCAAUUGAUCUUAAGUAUCCUGGAGUCGGGAUAUUUUUUAUCGGAAUAACUGGAAAUUUUUACCACCAUUACCUACUCGCAAAACUGAGGGCUAAGGGGGACAAAGAGUAUAAGGUUCCCCAUGGUGGUCUGUUUGGUCUGGUAAUAUGUCCUCACUAUCUCUUUGAGAUUUUAGGGUUUGUAGGAGUCUCAUGCAUUUCUCAAACAGCUUAUUCCUUCUCCUUCACUCUUGGAACGAUUUGCUACUUAAUCGGGAGGAGUAUUGCCACCCGAAAAUGGUACAUUUCCAAGUUCGAAGAUUUUCCUCGGGAUGUCAAGGCUCUCAUUCCAUACAUUUUUUAGAUGAUGGUAUAGCCGAAUAUCAAUUCAAUCUAAACUUCAUAGGGAUAUGGAUAGUUAUAAAAACUUUUACAUCUCUAUACAAGUUAAACUUGCACGUGCUUAUAUGCUUUAAGAUGACACUUUUGCCUUGCUAAUAGAAUAGAUUCCA